GUUUAUAUUGGGGAGCCCUUGCAGCACACGGACCUGGGUUUCUCUGCCACGGGUCCGGCACUUGUUUGGUUUAAACACGGAGAGAGGGAGUCCGCCUAACCUGAACGGAAACACCUUUACCGGGAAAUAAAUAAACAAACAAAGAAGCAAACAUGCCUUCUAACAAAGAAGACGGUGGAUGGAAGCAGUUUGUGUGGAACUCGGAGAAAGGAGAGCUGCUUGGUCGUACUGGGAGCAGUUGGUUCAAGAUCACCCUGUUCUACGUCAUCUUUUACGGCUGCCUGGCGGGCGUCUUCAUCGGAACCAUCCAAGCCAUGCUGCUCACGCUGAGCAACUACAAGCCCACCUGGCAGGACCGAGUCGCACCCCCAGGCCUUUCACACACCCCACGCUCAGAGAAAUCUGAAGUGUCCUUUAGCCUCAACGACCCGGGGACCUACUUGCCUUACACCAAGGCCUUGAGGGACUUCUUAGCCAAGUAUAAUGAUGAAACCCAGAAUGACCAGAUGAAGUUUGAAGAAUGUGGCGAUGAGCCUGCAGAGUACAAGAACCGCGGCGACCUGGAGAGCGACAUGGGCACCAGGAGGGCCUGUCGCUUCCCCAGGUCCGUGCUGGGGCCCUGCUCCGGCAUGGAGGACACAGACUUUGGCUUCAAAGAAGGAAAGCCAUGCAUAGUCGUGAAGCUCAACAGGAUCGUUAACUUCCGUCCAAAGCCUCCUUCCUCCAACGAAAGCAUCCCCGAAGAAGCCCAGCCCAAAGUGCAGCCCAACAUCAUCCCCAUCUACUGCACCAACAAGAGAGAGGAGGACGCUGGUAAAAUCGGUGACAUCAAGUACUACGGCAUCGGAGGCGGCUUCCCCCUGCAGUACUACCCGUACUACGGCAAGCUGCUGCACCCCCAGUACCUGCAGCCGCUGGUGGCGCUGCAUUUCACCAACCUGACCCUGAACACUGAACUGCGCAUCGAGUGCAAAGUGUACGGAGACAACAUCCACUACAGCGACAAGGACCGCUACCAGGGACGCUUUGACAUCAAGCUCCAGGUUAACAGUUUAUGACCGACGCCAGGACCGUAGCACUUUUCUCCCCGACCGCCCCUCCCCCACACCGCCCCCUUUGUUCUUAAUCUAACGUAGGAGAUCAUAAUAAUACGUGAGGGGGCAGGCUGUAGCGGUUAAGUCAAUCACAACUAGUCUUGAACGAAUAAAUGAAAGAAAAAAAAAAACCCUGCUAGGGGACCGACGUGUAAUCUGUCCGCUCUCAUCACUAGCUUCCACACCUCCGUGUAGCGUUAGCGUGUAUUUUAGAGGAAAAGUAGCGAUAGGCCUAAUAAAAAAUAUAUUUAUUCUGCUGUAAAUGAGACUUUUCCACAAGCCAUGGGACAUUGUUCAUCAUCGAUGACUGUAAAGCUGAAUUAUCUCGAGCCGUGUUCGUCCCCUCUGCUCAUCGCUGCCUCGUGUGGUCACAGUAGGUACUUCUUGUCGCAAAACCCGGUCUUCCAAAACCACGUUCCCCCCCUCCCCCGUGAGCCAGCUUUAGCAGUUCUCCGCUCUCUCUGUCUUUGUCUGUGUGUGUGUGUGUCUGUGUGUGUGCGUGCGUGUGUCCGCCAUGAACACACGCGCCCUCUUACUUAAUGAUUGAAAUCGUUUGACAUGGUACACUCUUCUGAUCUGUGUAAGGAAAAGGCUGCACUCCAGGGAACUUCUUUCCUUUUUAUUUGUCUUUUACAUCUGAUCACUUUUGACUUUAUUCUCUUUUUGUUGCUCUGUUGAAUCAUUUAAAUGUGUGGAGGGGUUUUAUUACUUGGUUUCAUGCCUUUUACUAUUUGAUUUUUUUGCCUUGAAUGUAGAGUUGUGUGUCCAGCCUGUUAGACACUUCGGCCUGCUGCUGCGAUGGCGACGGUGCUAACUCAACUUUUAACCAAGAUUCUUUUUUUUUUUGUCUUAUUUUUUUUGCUGGAUCCAUCACGUCAUGGUGGUGUAACUCUCUCUGAAUGUUUUAGCCAUUAAACAUGGUGGAAGAAUUGUAUAUUUAUGCAGUUGUACAUUUUGUUUCUUUGCGGAAUAUUGUAAUGCAUAAAUGAAAAAACCAAAGUUGGCGAGAGAGUCUUGAUCAGAAGCAAUGAAGUACUUUGUUUUGAGGAUCUCAUCGUGUGCUAAAGUCAAUGUCUUGCCUUGCAAACCUCUCAGUGGUUACCUCUUGAUUUGUGUCCUGGCCCUGAUUGUAGUGUAGGUGUAAGCGAACAGGUGAGACGCCGCCUGACGUUCAUGCAUUCAAAAAAAAAGAAAGAAAAAAGAUCUGAGUUCUUAAGAAGCUCCGUGGCUUUAGAUUUUAACGAUGUUGGCUUUUAAAAAUCAUCAAAUCUCAUGUUGAUGUUCGACUUGAACUUCUCCAUCAGUUCAUCCACCUUUUGUCAUUUAAUCAACGAUAGAAACAAAUAAAAUCAUAAUGGGA